AUGAUUCUUCUCAUAGAUUCGUACGACUCUUUCUCCCACAAUCUUUCACGGUUGGUGGAAAACAGCACAGGGAAGGAAGUGGUGACCAUCUAUAAUGAUACUUUCUCACCAUCUGAGUACGCCUCAGCCUUUGAGUCGUGGAUUCAAUAUUUUGACUAUAUAGUGGUGGGCCCAGGACCGGGACAUCCGGACAUUGCUAGCGAUAUUGGUAUUGUCAAAUGGCUCUACCAGCACUUCCUCACGUCUGGUGAAAGGGUGGUUCCCAUCUUGGGAGUUUGCUUAGGUUUCCAGAGCUUGUGCAAUGAGACGGGGAACAAAGUCACGAGGUUGGACGCCAUCAAACAUGGUCAGGUGUACGAAAUGAAGCCAGUUGCCUCAGACUUAUUUGGAUACUCUGAAUCAGACUUGGCUUCAUUUGCCAGUGUUAGAUACCAUUCAUUGCACGUGGAAAUCUCCACACUUAAUGGACAAAUUGUGCCCUUAGCCACAUGUGAUGAUUCUGAACAUUCAACACCGCUCUUGAUGGCAGGUAAGCAUACAUCCCUUCCUCUUUAUGGUGUUCAAUAUCAUCCUGAGUCGAUCUGUUCUGACAAAGGUGAAACUCUCGUGCGCAGAUUUGACUCCAUAGCUAAAGCAUACAAUGAUGCCAACAGAAGUGAUCUUCCCCGCUUGCAGGAUACUUGCAAAAUGAAAGAAAUUAAUGAUAAGUACACCCGUGACCGUGCCGUGCAUGAGAAGUGGCUUGUUCCUGACGGCAAGUUGGUGGACAAUGAACUUCCACAUUUUGUCUUCCAAAGGGUUGCUUUGGCCGACUCAAGCACUCGUCCAUUGGAUGUAUGUGACCACCUUGAACAAGAGGGCACCAAAUUCAUAUUGUUGAACUCCGCAGCUGACCCGGGCGAAUGGUCUAUUAUCGGUUUACCCAUUGACGGGGUCAGCGAGGUCAUUACUCACUCGAUCGACUCACCACAAACUGUUAAUGUUCUGAAAUUCAACUCCGAGCAGUCUGAAGAUAUUAGGGUUGCCUCUGUUUGGGAGUUCGUUUCUCAACGUAUGCAAAUGACUUAUGUCUCCAGAGAAACCAUUGAAGCCAAGAUGACUGAAAAGCCCACUCGCCCAUUGCCAUUCUUUGGAGGGUACAUGGGCUUGUUCUCAUAUGAAGAAGGUCACUAUGUUAACACAAAGGAAAUCUCUUCAUUUUGUGACGGACCAACCCCAGACACUAAGCUUGUCCACAUUGAGAGAGCACUUGUUCAUGAUAGAAUUUCCAACCAAUGGUACUUUCUUUCCAUCAGAAACGAAAAUGAUGAGUCUGAGUGGUGCCAGAAGUUUUUGGCCAAACUAUUGGCCGCUCAAGAUCUUGUCUUGAAAGCCGAUAGCGUCCCAACUAGUGUCAAGUUGCUCUGCAAACCCGCCGAUCAAAAGAUUCAGUAUUCCUUUCCUGACCGGAACAUUUACCGUGAGCAAUUCGAAACUUGCCAGGAAAAUCUUCAUUCCGGAGAUUCUUACGAGCUUUGCCUCACCACGCAGCUGAAGUUGUAUCUCCCCAGAUAUUUAAACACCUGGGACAUUUACAAGGUUCUUGCUGUGCACAAAAAUCCUUCUCCUUAUUCAUGUUACAUGAACUUCGAUGAUUGUGUUUUGAUUUCAUCGUCUCCAGAGCGAUUUGUUUCAUGGAAGGAUAGUCAAGAACAACCAGGCAGAAAGAUUGUAGAACUCAGACCAAUCAAAGGAACGGUUCGCAACACCGAAGAUGUUACACUUGAGGAUGCCACCAAGCUUCUUCGGACACCCAAGGAGAUGGGAGAAAACCUUAUGAUUGUGGAUCUUAUUCGCCAUGAUCUCAACUCAUUUAUCGAUGAUGUGAGAGUGAAUGGACUCAUGAAGGUGGAGGAGUACAAAACUGUUUACCAACUUGUAAGUGUCAUCCAGGGUCACUUGAAAAGCGUUGGAUACAAGGGAAUUGAUGUGUUACAUCUGUCACUUCCACCAGGCUCCAUGACUGGUGCUCCCAAGAAGAGGUCUGUGGAACUUCUCCAGCAUAUCGAAAGCAUGCAGCCCACAAUGAUUUCGGGUGGUCGCCGAGGCAUUUACAGUGGUGUAGCAGGAUACUGGUCGAUCAGUGAUGACGCAGACUGGUCAGUCGUGAUCCGGUCAAUCAUGCAUUACAAGAACGAUAAGGAGAAUAAUGCAUCAACAAAUGUGUGGAGAAUUGGAGCAGGUGGAGCCAUAACGGUUCUUAGUGAAGAAGAGGGAGAAUGGGAGGAAAUGCAAGUGAAGCUUUCGAGCACGCUCCAGACCUUCACAUGA